AUGGCCGCCGUACAAUCACUGCUUAAACCAGUCUUCGCCCUCGUCGGCUGGACCUUUGCCAUGGAAGGCUGGAUGUACGCAACCCGCCUACCGGCAAUGUCCCAAUACAAAGUCAAGACGGACCCAAACUUUUCAAAGGAGAAAUUGAACAAUCAGAUUCCUCCUCAUGUGAGAUGGAAGGCCGACAACUACGACCAUCUCCACGAAGCACCCACCAGAUUCUACGCCGUGGCUUUGGGACUGGCGUUGUAUGCUAGCACUUCGCCUGCUGCUCUGAGCACGGGAUUUAUGGCUACAGAGGCGAAUUUAGCUUGGGGGUAUGUGGCGCUGAGGGUUGCGCAUAGUAUCGUGCAGGCCAGCACCAAUACUAUCAUGGUCAGAUUUGCACUGUUUGGUGCCAGUGAGCUUACCAUGCUGGGGCUGUUGCUUAAGGGUGUCAGUGCUGUUUAUGCAGCUCAGGGUGUCGGAAGUUUGAUUUGA